AUGGGGAAAGCCAAGCUCAUCUACAGAACCCCUCUGUUAUUACAAUCAAAACUCCUCUGUUUUUCUCUGAUUUACCUCUUCACCGUUCUGUUUCUUGCUCUUUAUAACGCUCUCGCUCCCACAAAAUGCAUCUUCAGAUCCUCUCCCUUUGAUCCCAUUCAAAUCCCUCUCUUUUAUUACCCUUCCACAUAUGGAGAGCACAAGUACGCUCUUCCUACCCACCGUUCUUCUUGCUCUUUACCUAUCUUUUUCUCAGAUUACUCGAUGGUGUUGAAAGAGAUCCAAGAUUUGUGCAGAAAUUCCUCGGGUUUUACCCCUGUUUUGAGGUAUAUGCAGGGGAAUGCUACUACUUUUGGUGGAAAUUUAAGUAUCCAGAAGAGGAUUUCUUUUUUUGAUCAUUCAAAUGACAAUGUGGAGGUUCCUUGUGGCUUCUUUAACAAGUUUCCCAUUCUUCAUUCUGAUCGAAUUGCCAUGGAAAAUUGUAAUGGAGUUGUUGUAGUUUCAGCUAUCUUCAAUAACUAUGACAAAAUCCGGCAACCAAAAGGACUUGGAUCGAAAACACUAGACGUUGUAUGUUUCUUCAUGUUUGUAGAUGAUAUAACACUGAAAGGGUUUCAUUAUCACCAAUUAAUAUCAAGAAAAUCAAACGAUUAUAAAAUAGGUGCAUGGAGAAUUAUUAAAGUUUCAAGUAAGAACAUGUAUGACAAUCCAGAAAUGAAUGGAGCAAUACCUAAAUACUUACUUCAUAGACUGUUCCCCAACUCGAAAUUCAGCAUCUGGAUAAAUGCAAAGUUGCAGCUGGUGGUGGAUCCAUUACUGUUAAUUCAUACACUUGUCGUGUUAGAGAAAGUGGAUAUGGCGAUAUCGAAACAUCCAUUUUUCACUCAUACCAUGGAAGAAGCUAUGGCAACUGCGAGGUGGAAAAAAUGGUGGAAUGUUGAUGCAUUGCAGAGGCAAAUGGAGACUUACUGUGAACAUGGGUUGCAGCCAUGGAGUCCGGAUAAGCUCCCAUAUCCCUCAGAUGUACCAGAUAGUUCUCUAAUAAUAAGGAAGCAUGGAAUGAGAAGCAAUCUGUUCUCUUGCCUAAUGUUCAAUGAGUUAGAAGCAUUUAACCCCAGAGAUCAAGUAGCUUUCGCUUAUGUAAGAGAUCACAUGAAGCCGAAGCUGAAACUGAACAUGUUUGAAGAUGAAGUGUCUGAGCAUAUUGCGGUGGAGUACAGGCACAAUCUUAAACGAUCCGGGACCGGUUUCAUUGAAGAAGGGUGGUCCUCUUCCAGAAAGACCAAAAGGACAAGGCAUGAUUUGUUUGUUAAUAGCAGCUGCUGUAUUAGUUGCCAGAAGUAUUUUUCUAAGAUGUGGGAUGAAACCCGUGAUUAA